UAUUUUGGUAGAAUUUUAACAAUACAAGAACUAGAUAGACUCAAGAAGAUGCAUAAUCUAUGUGUAGAAUUAGAGGCAAAUGGUGCACUAAGUAAAAUGAAAAACUUAAUUAAAGCACAGUAUGGGCCAAUAAGUAUGACAACAUUAAAAUUUGAAAGAAUACUUGAAGUAGAAAGAAAUUGUUGCAAAAUUUCAAAAAGCAUUAAAAAAAGAAAAAGUCAAGCUUUGAAAGGAGAAAAAGAAAAAAAGAAGAGUCCAAGCACAGCAAUCAAUGCAUCAAAUGAUGAAGAAAGAAAUUACGAUGAAACAGAUUGUAGAUAG